AUGUUUAUAUGUAUUUUGGGAACUUUAUGCCAAUAUUACAUGUCUUUUGGCAUUAUUCUGUUUGUGUAUACAUGGAAACAUUUGUCUCUUUCAGGGCCAGCAUUUCGUACAGGACGAGGACAUAAGGAUCACUCAAAUUUUAUGGUAAAUGCUGCGUCCAAGCAUUUACCAGUAACUUCUACAGCGCCAAACGCUGAGAACUUCAGUUUACCAACACCGGCAGGUCUGAGUCACAGAAUGGAUACAGAUUCCGGCAUCCAUUGCCCUCACUGUCCUUUAGUACUGUUAGAUGGUGCAGACUAUAGGAAUCACAUUUCUCGGCAGCAUGGCUUUCUGUUGCAGUUUACCUGCUCUUUAUGUGGCAAAGGUUACCAGACAUCUAUGGGGCUACACUACCACAUGCAGGGCCAUCAAGGGAAAAAUUACUCUUGCCCCAUGUGUAAUGUGAAAUUGACACGGAUGUUCUCACUAAAAAUGCAUUUGAAAAAAGUUCAUCGUUCAGCUAAGUGUCAAACUUGCCAGCGGUUUUUAAGCUUGGGAGAGGAGUUUAAUAAUCAUGUUCUGCACUGUGGGAGUGCAAUUUAA